AUGAGUCCAAUGCUUCGAUCGCCGACAUGGCUGUGGCCGCUCCUGCGGACGAGCUUCUUCACGCACUGCGAAGUCCACGGCGACUCCAACAAGAGCGAGUGCAACAUGUACUGCUUGGACUGCACCGGCGACGCGCUCUGCUCUUACUGCCUCCCGGAGCACAACGACCACCGAUGCAUUCGGAGGUCGUCGUAUCACAAUGUGAUCAGGGUGUCGGAAGUGUCGAAGCUGAUCGACAUCUCCUCGAUCCAGACCUACACCAUCAACAGCGCCAAGAUCGUGUUCCUCAACGAGCGUCCGCAGCAGAGGGCCGGGAAGGGCGUCGCCGCCGGCUGCGCGACCUGCGGCCGCGGCCUCUUGGAUUCCUUCCGCUUCUGCUCCAUCGGCUGCAAGCUUGAAGGAAUGCGGACGGACCCGGAGCUGACGUUCGCCAUCCGCCCGAAACCCCGACGUGAGUUGACGCGCCGAUCCGAAUCCGACGAGUCGACGUCGCCGCGGAGGACGACAUCGUCGGCGCCGGCCGCCGGUGGCAGCUCUGGCGGAAGUAGCGUUUCUUCGGAGACUACUGGUUGGCGGCGCCCGACGUCCCGGCGAAAAGGCAUACCUCAUCGAUCUCCAUUCUAA